CUGCAUUCAGAGCUCCUUCUCUCCCUGUCUGACUUCACCUUCAUCUUUCCCUCUACGUCUCUGUGGUUGGAGGAAGGAUGCUGCCCCGCAGACUCCUGGGUCUGCUGGGACUCCUCGUGCUCUGCAAAGGCCAGGAGGAGCGCGGGACGGGGGAGUCCUGCGAUAACUUCACAGACCUCAACCUGUCUCACUGCUUCAUGGGAACCAGCCUCUACGUCCGGCUGCUGCUCUACACCCGCUCCAACCUCAACUGCGGCCGUGAGCUCAACCACCACCACCUGUCCUCCCAGCCUCUCUUCAACCUCUCCCGCCCCACCGCCUUCGUCAUCCACGGCUACAGGCCCACCGGAGCGCCCCCCAUCUGGAUAGACCACAUAGUCCACCUGCUGGCCGAGCAGGAGGACAUGAAUAUCAUCGUGGUAGACUGGAACAAGGGGGCGGCCAACCUCAACUACUUCAUCGCUGUGACCUACACGAGGGAGGCGGCUAACAACCUGACCGACUUCAUCAUGACUAUGCAGGAGGAAGGAGCCUCUCUGAGCUCAGUUCACCUCAUCGGCGUCAGUCUGGGAGCUCACCUGGCUGGAUUUGUAGGAGCAAACCUGAAGGGAAAGAUUGGACGUAUCACAGGCCUGGACCCAGCGGGGCCGAUGUUCACCAGCGCCACACCAGAGGAGAGGCUGGACCCCUCGGACGCCAUGUUUGUGGACGUACUUCACACCGACAUGAACUCAUUCGGACUGAGAGGAGCUCAUGGUCAUAUUGACUUCUACGCCAACGGUGGAGCAGACCAACCAGGGUGUCCCAAAACCAUCUUCGCAGGUAAAUCUUAUUUUGUGUGCGACCACCAGCGCUCGGUGUUUCUGUUCUUGUGCGCUCUGAACCGAACCUGCAGCCUCACGGGUUACCCCUGCUCGUCCUACAGCGACUUCCUGGAAGGGCGGUGUCUGCAGUGUGAGGCCUUUAAACCUGCACCCUGUCCUUUGCUUGGUUAUGAUGUCAGCCAGUGGAGGGAGACUCUGCUGCAGCUCGGACAGACCAAAGUCUUCUUCAGCACCACGGCCACGCUGCCCUACAGGAAGCUGAGCUACAGAGUGGACAUGGUGACUUGGAACCAGUACCUCCGCUGGGGCGUCGUCUACAUCCGGCUGCACGGUGGCAGAAACUUCACAGAGGCCCGAAUAGACCAUAAGCUACUCCGGUUCGAGCAGUACACCUCCACACGGCUGCUGGCCCAGUUCGAUGAGGAUCUCCAGCAAGUCCAGAAGAUCUCUAUACGCAUCAACACCGGCAACGUGAUCGGCCCUCGUUACAAAAUCAGACUCCUGCGAAUACGCUUCACACCGCUGGACCGUCCUGAGAGGCCUGUAAUGUGCCGUUUUGACAUCAUCAUGGAGGAGAACAUGGAGGUGGCGUUUCGACCUUUACCCUGCAACUCUCGCCUCUGACUCGCGACCGGACACACUUCUUCUUCUAUGGAAACACUAACUCACCCGAAC